AUGGACACCGCCCGCAGGUCUAGCCCUGAUCGCACCAACGAACGUCUUGCCCUGUAUCAACAGCAGCUCGCGGCCCCGCUCCCCAGCUCUGCUACACACACGCCCGCCCGCCAACCACCUACCAUGGCUGCUCGCGACCCCAUUACCUGCCAUGUCCUGAACACCCUGACAGGCACACCGGCUGCAAACCUGCCCGUCACCCUGACUCUUCUAUCAGCGCCAGCUUCGCCAUCCAGCCCAGUCACCUUCCACGCAACCACCAACGGCGACGGCCGUGUCGCGAAGUGGACUCCAACGAGCGCUGCGACUACCUUGUCUGUUCCAGAGAUCCUCGCUGCUCUCCCUACUGGAGACAGUAAGACCAAUUGGGCUGUGCGCUUUGAGGUUGGACCUUGGUAUGAGGCUCAGGGCAUCGAAAGCUUUUGGCCGGAGGUGGAGGUCAAGUUCACGGUGAAGGGCCGUGGGCGCGAAGGCGUGGAGGGCUGGCGCCAUUAUCAUGUGCCUGUGUUGCUUGGGCCAUGGAACUAUUCUACCUACCGCGGGUCAUAA